CCAAGCGCCGACCCCUAUCUCUCUUCCUCUGUCUUGUUUGGUGAUGACCGAAUGCCUCCGGCGGCGAGAAUUCUCCAGACAAACUCCGACCACCACUCGGCGGCGGAGCCGCCGCAGCCCAUGGAGGUGGACUCGGACGUCGUGGUGAUCUUGGCGGCCCUCCUCUGCGCCCUGAUUUGCGUGGUGGGGCUGGCUCUCGUGGCGCGCUGCGCCUGGCUGCGGCGGUCCUCCGGCGAUCCGUCGCCGCCGCCGCCACCGAAUAAGGGGCUGAAGAAGAAGGUCCUCCGCUCCCUCCCGAAGCUCUCCUACGACGGCGCCGUCGCCGUAGCCGGCGGGAGGCUCGCGGACUGCCCGAUCUGCCUCGCCGAGUUCGUGGAGGGCGACGAGAUCCGCAUCCUCCCGCCGUGCGGGCACGGCUUCCACGUCGGGUGCGUCGACACGUGGCUGGGCUCCCACUCUUCCUGCCCUUCCUGCCGCCAGGUCCUCGUCGCCGCCCCCGCCGCCCCGUCAUGGUGCAGCCGGUGCGGGGCGAGCUCCGCCGCCACGGUGGAGGGCGACCUCAACACGUUCCUACCCUAAGCUCCUGUCUCCUCCCAUACCCUUUUGUUAGCAGAAAAAUUGUAAGUAUUCCCACGCAUUUAGAGUGGUGUUGGGUUUAGAAAUUUAGAAGCAGUGAUGUUGUUGUUUGUAAUUGUAUGUUAGGAUUGUUGUAUAGAGGAAUAGAAUUUAACUUUCAAGGAAAAAAAACAAGAAAUAAUUCAAGCAAGCGAAGCUACUGAGAAUAUUUUUUUUCAUUGAUUUUUUUAAGAAGAAAAAAAAAAAAAAA